CACAGAGUGGUUGCAUCUGAGAAAGUGAGUGAUGCUCAAACAGGAUCCGGACACUUAUGGAUAAAAAUCACUUGUUGUGUCAUGCAGUUAUGCAAAACAGAAGUUUUAAUCGUGAUCAGAAACUGAAUAUGGAUGCUAUCGACGUUGGAUUGUUGUAACUGUAUGCUUUCAAGUUCGCGGUGACUAGUUAAACGCGUGGAUAAUCUCUCCUCGGAUCACCUCGGACGAAACAUGAGUUUCACUAAAUGGAGGGUCUAAUGAUGGAGGGACGUAGUCAGGUCACCGCGUGCGUGCUGCUGAUGUUCGUCUCCAUGGUGAUCGCUGAUUCACCUGCUGCAGUCUGGCCUUUGGAGGCUCCAAACAUGCCAAAUGGGUCUUCAGUGGAAGUGCUGCAUAAUGCAUCCUCUGCCUUGUCAGGAUUUUCUCUCUCACCUAGUUCGGAUCCAUCCAAAGCCACAGAGAAUUACAAUCACAAUGUUAACACUGGAUCCCUGAACUCUGCCGCAAGCCCAGAGCCUCUUGCCACACCUCCUUUACUUUCCCUAAAGUCUGGAGAGGGUGUUGGAUAUACCCCCAGAGGUUCCUCCAGACAGCCUCGACAACUAAAUUCUCCAGUGCCUACCUCCCAUAAUGUGCCCUUAUCUUGGUCUGCUAUCAGCCCAGCUCCUCAAAUACCACAGGCCAGAGGUUCAUCUGUGCCGUCUAGCUUGCCUUCAGUCGGACAAGAUUCUCCUGAGGAGCCUCCUGUUCCUUCCCCUCAAAUGCAGUAUGGAACGGUGGGAGUCAGAGAAUCUGUGGUUUCAUUUGGAGACAGAUCCAGUAGAAUCCAAGACCUCCAGUUACAACCCAGCCAUGACCCCAACACCCAGCUUGGCUAUCAGCAGUUGGAACCAAGUCAUGUGGUUUUCAUACACCAUCAAAUGUCUUCAGCGUCUGUCGAAGCAACUAUGGGCCCGCCCGAAGACUUUUUCCCAACUAACACCAUGGAUGUAGACUACGGUUCUGGAGAUUACCUAGAAACAAUGUCCUUCAUGGGAUCUGAAGGCAGCGACUAUUCACUGGUUAGCAAUCUACCCUCUGAUGUAUAUGACUUCGAGGACUCGAAUUCAGAGACCUAUGACACCACGUUCCCUACAAGAAUGGUGAUGUCUUUUGCAAGCAAAGACUUGUAUCCCUCCUCUACCAGUGUUAGUAAUUCUUUCUCCAGCAAGCUUGUUGAAAGUCCUAGUUUUAAUGGAAAUUCAACCUUAAAUGGAGCCACCACUGACUUAACCAACCACAUAACAACCUUUCAGAGUUUUACAACCGUUGUGCCCUUUACCACAUCCACAUUCACCAGUAUUUUCACAUCAUACCUUAGCCACACCAUUCCUCCAUCGCUUUCAACCAUCAACCCAACCAGAGUCCAUUCUUUAUCCAUUCUCGCAACAACUUCAGAUGUCUUAAACCUGAACCAGCCUGUCAAUGAGAGUUUAGAGUUAGCAUCUGACUGGCCCGGCACUGUUACAAUCCAACCCACUGAUGUUCUUUUACCAGACAUGAACAGCUUAGAGUACUACACCAUUCAGUUGACCAAGGACAAUGGUAGUUUGCCAGAGUCCAGUGCCAAUCUGACAACCUCUAGUGUUUUCUCUUUCAUUCCGGUUGGCACUACACAUAUCGUGAGCACUAGAACCUACACCGUUGACCCAAGUUACAUGCUAACAGCUGUGUUUGAUGAAGAUCUGCAACUUACAAGUAACAGCUCCUGGACUGAAGAAUCCUCAACGGAUAUCUCUGGAUUUGAGCCUUUUAAUAACACUAUCUUGGAUCCCUCUGAAGUUGGACCGACAAAUACUACAGUGCCAUACUUGGAGCCGUCAUUUACACCAACACCCUCAAUAGAGACUUCAACGUCAUUAGGAGAUAUAAACUCGACCACUGAUUGGGCUACCACACCUUUUAUACCAUACAACACUUCCUUACUGGUGACUACCCCACCUCCGGUGACCAAGGAACCAGAUGGCAUGUCUUCUGUCAAUGACAGCCAAUGGAUUAGCACCUCACUUCCAACAGAGACUGUCUUUCCUAGUAGUGUACGUCCCACUGUGUUAGUAACCAGCUCUAUCAGUGUUUCUGAAUACCCAAAUGACUCAACCUUCAAUAUCACCUCCAACCCUCCUGCAACGGAGAUGGCUGAUGAAGGAUUCGUGUCUGGAACAACACCUGACCCUGACACCAUGGUUACUGAUAGCGAUGACACCACACCAGUUGGUAGCCUUACAACCACGUCCUUCCCAGUAUUACAUAAUGACACUACUGUGGCGCCUUUCACUAUCACAAGCUCCAGCAACACAACAGUGACUACCUUGAACGACAUGGCAGUUACAACCCUAUCAACAACCCCUCCAACAACCACUGCCCGGAAGUAUCUCUGCAACAUCACUAAACCUGACACCUACUUGAUCAGAGUUGGGUUUCCUCCAGGGUCCACUGCUGGAUAUGCCAAAGCCAAAGUCAGAGAGAUUCUCAAAGCGGAGUAUAACCGCUCUGUAGAGCUACAGGUAGUGAAAGCUCCUCCAGACUUUGUAUUUCGUGCUGUGUCUGGUGCAGUAGUUUAUACUGCCAUAUCAGUCAUUAACGCACUGAGAAUCUCUGCUCAGACCACCAGCUCCUUUAUGAGUGUGUCACCUAUCAGUCCUGUACCUGGCCUGCAGUAUCAUGUACAUACAGUUCUUCAGUUUGUACCCAGCCAUGUAGAUGUGCGAAUGUGUACCUUCAGUGAGCAGGCAGAGAAGGGUCUGAUCACAGCCUUAGCAGAAGUCCGCCGACGCUCACAGGAGUCCACGAACUUCACUGUAAAUAUUUUAAACAUCACUACAACUUCUGUGGACACGGCGCCACGACAGCAGAAGGUUCCAGUGGAGAUCACCUUUGCUGUGCGUGAUAUCCGCGGGUAUGUGCCAGGGACAGAGGUGAGCGCCCAGCUUCGACAGCUCAGUGUGGUCGAGUACAGCUACUACCUGGGCUUCCCUGCGUGGCAGAUUGCAGAACCUUUCGACUACCCAGAGCUGAACACAACCCAACUGCUUCGUUCCUCAUGGGUUAGAACAGUGUUGUUGGGAGUGUUGGACCAGCGCGUGAGCGACAAGAUCUUCAAGGCUACGAUUGAGAGGAGACUGGCUCGGUUGCUGGGUGAUGCUUUGGGUACAGGCCGUCGCUUUAAGAGAGCAACUGGUGUGGGAAACAACAGCGUGCAGAUUGUAAAGACCACUUCUCUUGCGGGCCCUGACAACCCUCUGGAGAUUGUCUACUUUGUGGAAGGAGCUAAUGGACAGAGACUUCCCGCCGCAACCACAGCCAACAUGCUCAACAGCCUUGACGUGCAGCAUGCGGCGAUCAUCAUGGGAUACCGCAUCCAGGGAAUAUUAGCACAGCCUGUGGAAAAACAGGCCUCGCCUCCCUCAGACACAGAAAAGACCAACACGUGGAUAAUCGUAGGGGUGGUGGUCCCCGUGGUGGUGGUCAUCAUUAUUAUAACGAUCCUGUACUGGAAACUCUGCCGCACUGACAAACUGGAAUUCCAGCCAGACACCAUGAGCACCGUCCAACAAAGACAGAAGCUGCAGACACCCAGCGUGAAGGGUUUCGACUUUGCCAAGCUGCACAUGGGCCAGCACAGUAAGGAUGAUCUCAUGGUCAUCCAGGAGCCGUUGCCACUUCCUGCGACCGCCAAGGAACAGAACCCAGCUGAGAAUGCAGAGGUGCCCACACCAAAGUCCAAAGCCUCCUCCAAAGCUUCCCGCAACGGCCAGCGGCGCAGGGGCCAGAUUUCUCCAUCAGAGGGUGACUCCAUAGGCAGUGAUCCACCCAGCGACAGAGGAUCCCCCGAGGAGGGCAUGAGACCCUCUGGUCUGCCCACUGAUCCAAAGCAACCACGCAAAGUAGCUGUUAAUGGAUUAAACGGUCCACCUCCAAUGAAUGGCAUGGAUGAGCCUUUAUCUUCAGCCUCCAUUUUUGAGCAUGUGGAUCGAAUGUCUCGCCCAACUGACGGCCCUAAACGCCCCCCUAAUAAAAUCCAGCUCAUCGCGAUGCAGCCGAUGCCAGCCCUGCCUUUACCCAGCCCUACAGCCAAUGACAGAGCUGCAGAGAACGCCAAGCUCAACAAAGAGAUCCAGGUGGCUUUAAGGCACAAGUCUGAAAUCGAACACCAUCGCAAUAAGAUCCGCCUGAGGGCCAAAAGGAAAGGCCAUUAUGACUUUCCGGCAAUGGAUGAUCUCAUCGAUGGUCUAGGCGACCCCAAAGAGCAGGACCGAAUCUACCAGAAGGCCCAGAUGCAGAUAGACAAGAUACUUGAUCCAGAUAUUCACAUGCCGUCACUGUACACCGAGCCUAAGAAAAGCAACAGAGGCAAGCGUUCUCCUAAACAGAGAAGGAAACAACAGCUGAACGGUGAUCUGACAGACGCUGACCGAGACAGGCUCAUAACAACGGACAGCGAUGGGACAUAUAGGAAAUACCCAGGAGUCAAUAACAUUGCAUAUGUGUCGGACCCAGACCAGGGCCCCGAGCACCCUAGCCCAUCCCCGACGGAUGACGUGUUCCACGGUCCGAUUUCUCCUCCUCCUGGCCACCCUCCUCCACCACCCCCAUACCUACCCCCUCAGCCCUCUAUAGAGGAGGCCCGGCAGCAAAUGCACUCUCUACUGGACGAUGCCUUCGCCCUCGUGUCUCCUUCGUCUCAGGGCAGCACAGCUGGCAUCACUCUGCCUGGGGUCGGACUUAACCCUGGACCCCCACCAGCCUCGAGCCCACCAUCCCGUGGCCCGCGGCCCUGGGGCCCAGGAUACCUGCCCUUAAAUCCCUACACAGGGAGAUAUGCUGAAUUAGGUCUGCCACUUUCCAGUGUGCAAGGUUUACACAGACAGGGUUUAGGUUCCGGCUACAUCCCAUCAGCAGAGGCCCUUCCUGUUGAACAGAUACAGCCGGAGUCGCUUUACACUGGUCGAGGCGGAAACACAGAUGAGCUGCCCUCUUCCGCCAGGCCACGACCUGUAGGUGGGACUACAGGUGCUCAGCUACAUCAUUUAGCCCAUGUUGGUCUGACAGGUCGUGUAGGUGACGGCCGGCAGCCGGGUGGGUUAAACUGGAGCCCGUAUCAUGAGGACGACAACAAGCUUGCUAACAACAGAGAGCCUGUUCUUGGCUCUCUUGACUACAGCUCCAUCUCUCUAUUCCAGACCUCCAGGAAUGGCUUGAAGGAGCCAUCUGCCACUCCUGCCCACCUGGACUCCCUCGGCCUGGGCUACGCUCCCUCCGCUCCCCUGGAGGAGCCUUCCCCUCCCAACCACUCUUCCGCUUCGCUCAUCAAAGCCAUUCGAGAGGAACUGAUGCGCCUCUCCCAGAAACAGGCAGCGGUACCCAGCUACCACAGCUGAGACCUGCCCCCCCCCUUCAGCUCCAUCAGGCAAAAACUGCACUACACUGUACUUCCCAUGGAAGUGGCUUUUUUGAGAGGACGAUGACUGUACGUCAUGCAGCCUCUGCUGCCGCCCAGUGGCAGAGAGCAUUAGGACAGGAAGAGCAGACGAUUAUCCUUUAUUCCCACGUUCCUCUCUGGUUUUCCCAAAACAUAAACAGCGUCAUGAGACUGAAAACUGAUGGUUUUUUUUUUAUUCCUUUACAGACCGGGAUAACAAAGCUAAAAUAUGGCUGCCACACAUUCCUUUGGUCUUCUGUUAGAAGUGUGCGUGUGUUUUUCACAUUGUGUUGUUUCUUUGCUGUGUACACUGCCUUCACAUUUGAACAAUUUUAUACCUUGCACUGGCUCUUGUAGAUUUUCGUCACUGAAAAUUGAACUGCUUUUGAUACCUUAAAUUAAUCUCUAUGAUCUGCAAUUUUAUUUUUAGGUUGUUUUAUUUCUCUGUGCAUCUCUUUCACGUUCUCUCAUGGUGCUGGUUCUUUUAUCUCCGUUAAAUGGCCAUCAAGCACACAUUGCCUUCACAAUACAGUAUUGAACCCUACACAGUAUUGUCUUAUACUUUAGGGUCCAAAAAUAGUAUUUGAAGUAGUGAUGUUUUCCAUCUUCAUAUGCCUUCAUUUGGUUUGGCAU